CUGUUUACACGCGGAGCGGUUGGAGCUUUCGGCCUCAGUCAGGCGCUCCGCUCCGUUUCGGUUUCACUUCCGGUGAGGGGCCGCCUCGGAGCGGGCGGUGAGCCGACGGCGAGCGCAGGCGGCGGCGGUGACUGCGGCGCCGCUGCCGGGGGGCGUGCAGCAGCGCGGCAGCAGCGGCGGCUGGGCCUCGAGCGCCCGCAGCCCACCUCUCAGGGGCGGGCUCCCGGAGCGAUCAGGGCGGACGAGAAGAUGGAGGAGCUGGUGGUGGAAGUGCGGGGCUCCAAUGGCGCUUUCUACAAGGCAUUUGUAAAAGAUGUUCAUGAAGAUUCAAUAACAGUGGCAUUUGAAAACAACUGGCAGCCAGAGAGGCAGAUUCCAUUCCAUGAUGUGAGAUUCCCACCACCUGUAGGUUAUAAUAAAGAUAUAAAUGAAAGCGAUGAAGUUGAGGUUUAUUCCAGAGCAAAUGAAAAAGAGCCUUGCUGUUGGUGGUUAGCUAAAGUGAGGAUGAUAAAGGGUGAGUUUUAUGUGAUAGAAUAUGCAGCAUGUGAUGCUACAUACAAUGAAAUUGUCACAAUUGAACGUUUACGAUCAGUUAAUCCCAACAAACCUGCCACAAAAGAUACUUUCCAUAAAAUCAAACUGGACGUGCCAGAAGACUUACGACAAAUGUGUGCCAAAGAAUCGGCACAUAAGGACUUUAAAAAGGCAGUUGGUGCCUUUUCUGUAACUUAUGAUGCAGAAAACUAUCAGCUUGUCAUUUUGUCUAUCAAUGAAGUCACCUCAAAGCGCGCACACAUGCUGAUUGACAUGCACUUUCGGAGUCUGCGCACUAAACUGUCUCUGAUACUGAGAAAUGAAGAAGCCAGUAAGCAGCUAGAGAGUUCAAGGCAACUUGCCUCAAGGUUUCACGAACAGUUUAUCGUACGAGAAGAUCUGAUGGGUCUAGCUAUUGGUACUCAUGGUGCUAAUAUUCAGCAAGCUAGAAAGGUACCUGGGGUCACUGCUAUCGAUCUAGAUGAAGAUACCUGCACAUUUCAUAUUUAUGGGGAGGAUCAGGAUGCAGUGAAAAAGGCUCGAAGCUUUCUGGAAUUUGCUGAAGAUGUCAUACAAGUUCCAAGGAACUUAGUAGGCAAAGUAAUAGGAAAAAAUGGAAAACUGAUUCAGGAGAUUGUGGACAAGUCAGGAGUUGUGAGGGUGAGAAUUGAAGCUGAAAAUGAGAAAAAUGUUCCACAAGAAGAGGAAAUUAUGCCACCAAAUUCCCUACCUUCCAGUAACUCAAGGGUUGGACCUACUCCUUCAGAAGAAAAAAAGCAUAUAGAUGUAAAGGAAAACAGCACUCAUUUUUCUCAGCCUAACAGCACAAAAGUCCAGAGGGUUUUAGUGGUUUCAUCAACUGUAGCAGGGGAAUCCCAGAAACCUGAACUCAAGGCUUGGCAGGGUAUGGUACCAUUUGUUUUUGUGGGAACAAAAGACAGCAUCGCUAAUGCCACUGUUCUUCUGGAUUAUCACCUGAACUAUUUAAAGGAAGUAGACCAGUUGCGUUUGGAGAGAUUACAAAUUGAUGAGCAAUUGCGACAGAUUGGAGCUAGUUCUAGACCACCACCAAAUCGUACAGAUAAGGAAAAAGGCUAUGUGACUGAUGAUGGUCAAGGAAUGGGUCGAGGUAGUAGACCUUACAGAAAUAGGGGGCACGGCAGACGCGGUCCUGGAUAUACUUCAGGAACUAAUUCUGAAGCAUCAAAUGCUUCUGAAACAGAAUCUGACCACAGAGAUGAACUCAGUGAUUGGUCAUUAGCUCCAACAGAGGAAGAGAGGGAGAACUUCCUGCGCAGAGGAGACGGGCGACGGCGUGGAGGUGGAGGAAGAGGACAGGGAGGAAGAGGACGCGGAGGCGGCUUCAAAGGAAACGAUGAUCACUCCCGAACAGAUAAUCGUCCGCGUAAUCCAAGAGAGGCUAAAGGAAGAACAGCAGAUGGAUCCCUCCAGAUCAGAGUUGACUGCAAUAAUGAAAGGAGUGUCCACACUAAAACAUUACAGAAUACCUCCAGUGAAGGUAACCGGCUGCGCACGGGUAAAGAUCGUAACCAGAAGAAGGAGAAGCCAGACAGCGUGGAUGGUCAGCAACCGCUUGUGAACGGAGUACCCUAAACGGCGUAAUUCUGGAGUUAUAUUCCCUAUACCAUUUCCGUAAUUCUUAUUCCAUAUUAGAAACUUUGUUAGGCCAAAGACAAAUAGUAGGCAAGGUGGCACAGGGCAUGAAAUGAACACCAAUUCUGUUAAGAAUUUUAUUUUUUGUCAUAUUGGCCAUAAGCAACAGUUUUCAGAUUUGCACAAAGAAAGAGAUCUUAAAAUUUUGAAACAUUACUUUUAAGUAAUUAAGUAUACUUAGCACUUCAGGACAGGAUUUUCAUUUGGUUUAUUUUUUAAAUACCAAGCAGUGGUAUUCUUUCUUAAUUUGGACCGUUACCCUGCGUUGGGUGAUAACUCACUGGUACAUUUCAGUUUUUCUGAAUAAAUAGCAUUUAUGGUAAUCAUAUUACACUUCUGUUUUCAGUCUCAUACGGAAGGCCAAUGACAUUUCAUGUCCUGUGUCAGUUUAUGUUUUGGUCCACUUUUCCAGUAUUUUAGUGGACCCUGAGACGUGUGUGAUGUGACGUUUGUCAUUUUCAUUAGCAAAAAAAAAGUUGUAUGAUCUGUGCCUUUUUUAUAUCUUGGCAGGUAGGAAUAUUAUAUUUGGAUGCAGAGUUCAGGGAAGAUAAGUUGGAAACACUAAAUGUUAAAAGAUGUAGCAAACCCUGUCAAACAUUAGUACUUUAUAGAAGAAUGCAUGCUUUCCGUAUUUUUUUUUCUUACAUAAACAUCAGGUUAGGCAGUAUAAAGAUUAGGACUUGUUUUUGUUUUUGUUUCGUUGCACUGAAGUUUGACAAAUAGUGUUAUUGAGAGGGAUGUGUAAUUUUUCUAUAUAGACAGGAGAAGAAAUAACUGUCUUUUCAUUUGAGAGAGGCUAAAACAUUUUCAGCUAGGAACAAAUCUUCCUGGUCAAAAGUUAGUAGGAUAUGCCUGCUCUUUGGCCUGAUGACCAGUUUUAAAUUAGAGCUGUUUUUAUUUUGUCCUCCCCAAGUUUUGUGAAGUUUUUCAUAUUUUAAUUACAAGCUUAUUUGGGGGAGAUAGGAAGGUCAUUUCCAUGUGUGCAUAAUAAUCCUGUGAAGUACAGGUACUUUGUCUAAGAAACAAUGGAAGCAGGUUAAAUGUUUUGUAAACUUUGAAAUAUUAGGUCCAAAUGUAUAAGCAGAAUUGGAAAGCAGACUAGGAUUGGUUAACAAAUGAUACUUUUUUUCUUUAGUUUUUUGACAUGUUGGAUUUUGGGUUUGAGUCGCUUUUUUGUUGUUGUUGUUGUUACGAACGAGAUUUACAGAGGAAAAAUAUGUGAAGGACCUUCACUCUAAGAUGUUGUAUUUUUCUUAAAAAGUAACUCCAAGUAGGGGUACCACUGAAUCUGUACAGAGCCGUACAAACCGAAGUUCUGCCUCUGAUGUAUUCUGUGAGUUUGUUUCUUUGAAUUUUCAUUUUACGGUUACUUUUCCUUGCAUACAAAUAAGCAUAUAAAAAUGGCAACAAACUGCACAUGAUUUCAAGAAUAUUAAAAAGUCUUUUAAAAGUAUUGCCAAACAUUAAUGUUGAUUUCUAGUUAUUUAUUCUGGGAAUGUAUAGUAUUUGAAAACAGAAAUUGGUACCUUGCACACAUCAUCUGUAAGCUGUUUGGUUUAAAAUACUGUAGAUAAUUAACCAAGGUAGAAUGACCUUGUAAUGUAACUGCUCUUGGGCAAUAUUCUCUGUACAUAUUAGCAACAACAGAUUGGAUUUUAUGUUGACAUUUGUUUGGUUAUAGUGCAAUAUAUUUUGUAUGCAAGCAGUUUCAAUAAAGUUUGAUCUUCCUCUGCUAAAUUGA